AUGUCCAAGAGAGCUGCCGACGACGAGAGCCUCGCUGCCCCCCUCAAGGGCGGCGACCGCCCCGAGGCCAUGGAUGUCGAUAAGGACCACGACAUGGGCGAUUUCGAGGACGACUUCGAGGACGAGUUCGAGAGUGAAGACGAGAUCAUCGAGGCCGGUGUCGAUGGCCGCCCAGAUGCCGAGAGAGAGGCCGAGGAGGGCGCCAUGGACGUCGAUGGCGGUCCCGACACCUUCAUGGUUGGUCGUCAACAGCUCGAGGCCGGUCAGACCCUCACCCCCGAUACCACGACAUACAAGAUGCUUCACAGCUUGAGCACUCCCUGGCCCUGCCUUUCCUUCGACAUCAUCCGCGACGGCCUCGGCGAGAACCGCAAUGUCUACCCUGCCACCAUGUACACCGUCGCCGGUACCCAGGCCGAUAGCGCCCAGGCCAACGACAACGCCCUUCUCGUCAUGAAGUUCAGCGGCCUCAGCAAGACGCUGGGUGAGGAUGGCGAGGACUCUGACGACGAGGACUCCGAUGAUGAGGACACCGACCCCAUUCUCGAGCACAAGAGCAUCCCUCUCAACACCACCACCAACAGGAUACGCUCCCAUCAGUCUCCUUCCCAGGACCCCUCGAGGCCUCCCACCACCCUUACCGCCACCAUGACCGAGUCCUCCCAGGUGCUCAUCCACGACAUCACUCCUCAUCUCGCCUCCUUCGAUACCCCCGGCAUGGUUGUCACUCCCCAACAGAACAAGCCCGUCUGCACCAUCCGCGCCCACAAGACUGAGGGUUACGGUGUCGACUGGUCGCCUCUCCACCCCGCCGGCAAGCUUCUUACCGGUGACAACGACGGUCUGAUCUACGUCACCACUCGCACCGAUGGCGGCGGCUUCGUCACUGACACUCGUCCCUUCCGCGGCCACACCGGUAGUGUCGAGGAGAUUCAAUGGAGUCCUUCCGAGGCCAACGUCUUUGCCUCUGCCUCCAGCGACGGUACCGUCCGUGUCUGGGAUGUUCGCAGCAAGAGCCGCUCGCCCGCUCUCACCAUGAAGAUCAGCAACUACGAUGUCAACGUCAUGUCGUGGUGUCGCCAGACCAGCCAUCUGCUUGCUACCGGUGCCGACGAUGGUGAGUGGGCUGUUUGGGAUCUCCGUCAAUGGAGCAGCAACCCUUCGGCCAAGCCCGCUCCUCUGGCCAACUUCAACUUCCACCACGAGCAAAUCACCAGCAUUGAGUGGCACCCUACAGACGACAGUAUCGUUGCCGUUGCCGCUGGCGACAACACCGUCACUCUCUGGGAUCUGGCUGUUGAGCUGGAUGACGAGGAGAGCAGGGAUACCGCCGGUGUCUCCGACGUCCCUCCCCAGCUCCUGUUCGUCCACUACCAGAACAUGGUCAAGGAGCUCCACUGGCACCCUCAAAUACCCGGUGCCCUUGUCGCUACCGGCGAGCAGUUCAGCGUCUUCCGUACCAUCAGCGUAUAA